GGCGCCAUCCAGUCGAACUUCAGACGGAGCCGUUGUUGUUAUUGUUGUCUUGUUUUGAGUCUUUUCCACGCAGUUUCGCGUCUGGCGUUGUUUUUAAGAAACCUCUCUACACCUGACUUCAGUCACUCAAGUGUCUGUUAGUGUGUAAGAAACUCGACGUCCACGUGACCUCUUAAACGAAGGCGCCAAAGCAGCAGAUGACAUCACUCGGCUAAGUAAGCUAAGUUAGCUAAGCUAAACACCGAGCCUGAAACAUGCCGAAUUUCUGCGCAGCACCGAACUGCACGAGGAAGAGCACGCAGUCCGACCUGGCGUUCUUUAGGUUCCCACGUGACCCAGAAAGAUGUCGUAUUUGGGUAGAAAACUGUCGCCGAGCAGAUCUGGAGGCAAAGACAUCAGACCAGUUGAACAAACAUUACAGAUUAUGUGCCAAACACUUUGAUCCAGCGAUGGUGUGUAAAACUAGUCCGUACAGAACUGUGCUGAAGGACACGGCCAUUCCCACCAUCUUUGACCUGACCAGUCAUCUAAAGAAGCCUCACACCAGACAUCGCAAGCAGAUCAAAGAGCUGACUGAAGAAGACAUAAGAAAGAUGAAAGAAAGGAGAUUGGCUUCUUCUAUCGAUCAGCUGGUUUCUAAAAAAGACGCCGCAGCAGAAGCUUCCAGCACCGAGGAUGAACCUCAGCUGUCCACUGAGGACAGGGAGUUCCGCGAGUACCUGAGGUCUUUGUUUGAGGUGGUGGUCGUGUUAGGGAAACAAAGUAUCCCGUUAAUGUCGGACAGAGCGACUGAAGCCCAACACAAGUCCAACAACUUCCAGGCUCUUCUCGAUUAUCGCAUCAACGCCGGCGACGAAGCGCUGAAGAAGCGCUUCGAGGCGACAGCGGUGAACGGCGAGUUCCUGAGUGAAACUCAACAGCACCAGCUGCUGGACGUGUGUGAGAACACGGUGAGAGAGGAGAUGCUGAUGGAGGUGAGAGAGAGUCGCUUCUUCUCCCUGGUCACCGGUGACCUCGUCCAGUUCUCCGGCGAGAAACACCUGCCUCUUUUUUUACGCUUCGUCAAUCAGCAGAACGUCCUCCGAGAGGAGUUCUUAGACUUUGUGGUGUUUGACGGAGACGAGGCGUCGCUGGUGGAGAAGCUGGAGGCUCAGCUGACUGAGCGCUGGGGUCUGAGCAUGGAGGACUGUCGCGGUCAGGCUCACAAGGCCACAGGAACGUCCACCAUCAAGAUGAAAGCCGUGGCCACGUUACUGAUGGAGAAGUAUCCUCUGGCCUUCAACAUGCCAUGUUCUCACAUGGCACUGAACAUCCACCUGGCCAACAGUCUGCCGUAUCCCAACGUCCAGGUCGUCAUGGAGACGAUGAGGAGGAUCGGUGCUUUCUUUAGAAUCCCGUUCACUCAGGCUGAGCUCCACGUCGCCAUCUCCACUCACUUCCAGAAGAACGAGGAGAAGGCGGCGGCGCUGAUGUUAGCGUGUGGUGCAGGAUGGACGGAGCAGCACAGCGUGUUUGACCUGCUGCUGGAUCUGUUCCUGCCUCUGCUGCUCUGCAUGGACCGGGUCUGGGAAAACGCAGACGGGAAGUUUGCAGAUUCCGUGGCAGCAGACGCGUAUUCGAUAGCAGAAAUUCUGGCCGACUUUGAGAUCAUCGUCACCGUCGUCAUCUUGAAGAACGUGCUCACGUUCACCAGAGCGUUUGGGAGGAACCUGCAGAGAGAAACUCUGGACGUGUUUUUUGCCGCCAACAGUUUAACGGCCGUCCUUCACUCGCUGAACGAGGUCAACGACAACAUCGACGUCUACCAUGAGUUCUGGUUCGAGGAGGCCGUGAGUUUGGCCAGCGUCAUGGAGAUUCCUGUCAAACUCCCAAGGCUGUUCCUCCGUAAACAGCGAGGAGCUGACGUGGACGAGAUCCAGGUGGAGUCGUACUUUCAGGAGUACGUGACUGUUCCCGUCCUCCGUGGCAUCAUGCAGGAGGUGGAGGACAUGUUCUCUGAGAACAACAUCAAAGCUCUCAAAUGUCUGUCGCUGGUUCCUGCCGUCAUGGGACAAAUGAAGUUCAACACCACAGAGGAGAACUACGCCGACGUUUACCGCAACGACCUCCCCAACCCCGACACGCUUCCCGCCGAGCUUCACUGCUGGAGAAUCAAGUGGAAGCACCGAGGUAAAGAGGUGCGUCUGCCCACCACCAUCCACGAGACCCUGCAGCUUCCAGACGUCAAGUUCUUUCCCAACGUCGACUCCUUCCUCAAAGUUCUCUCCACGUUUCCCGUGCUGAAGCUCGAGGAGAACACCAGCGACACGGCGAGCGAACGUCUGCAGGUUUAUCUCGGCAACGUUGCACCUGCACUCAGGAACAAGAGUCUGGCCAUGCUGCGCGUCAACACACACGUCAAACACGACCUGGACGUCAUGGUGGACAAAUACUGCAGACUCUAUCCUGAGGACGAGGACGCCACCGACGCCACGGAGGAGGACGCUGAGGUGAAAGCAUGAGUCUCUGGUCCUGGUCCUGGUGCAUUCAUCCCGGAUAUGUGGAUCAAUAAUUAAAAUGAGGUGAUUUGUAUGCAGUCUAAAUUCUUCUUGUUUUACCGCCUCGAUUAUUUCUCACAAAUAUCUUCACAAUCUGUCAAAGGUUGAAUGAUUUACAGUUGUUUGGUCCAAAAAUGUCAUGACAUGAAAAUAUUGAUCAGUGUUUGU